GCCCGUCCUGAGUGGUCGGUCGCGAGCGCUACUCUGGGCGAACCGUCGGCAGUCGCGCCGGCGCCGCCGUCGGCAAUGGACCACGACGAGGAACGGUCCUUGUCUCUAGGCACGGAGGUAUCAGCCUCCGUGCCGCCCCCGAGCCCUCUUACGGGAUGCUAUUUGCUCGCUGUCGUAGGGGAGCCUCACACGCACGAGCACAAGGAGAUUAUCCUCCAGCGACUUGUCAAAGGACUGCUAUCAUGGGACUCUGGCGAGCACCAGGUCGACCUGGAAAAGGAGCUGUCCACCCUCACGGCGCAGGCACCCGAGGGGGAGGAAGCCAGAUUUGGGGAACGCCUCAUCCAGUUCGCUUCAGAGAACCUGGUGACGGAGAUCCUGAUCCACCCACAGAUGAAUACGCUGAUGCAGUGCAUGCGCAACUUGCUCAGCUCCUUCACGAGGCACCGACACCUCGUGCACGCCGGAUAUACUUUCGCCGGGAACGGAUCCUGGAUCAUGCAGGACGGGACCUUCUCCUUGGCCGACUUCACUGAUGCGUACCAAGAGAAUGAAGUGCAGCGCGUAAUUCGCGCUUACGAGAAUUCGAUUUCGAUCGAUAUACACUGCUCCACCAGCGGGGGCGGCGAGUGGGCUAAACUGCCCGACAUGCCUUUCGCGAAACACUGCAAGAUUAGAGUUAAUCCCACUGAUAUUUUGGACUCUGGCUCUCAAGCCAUCAAGGAUUUUAUCGCAUACCUGGACCCAUACAUCGUGCCGGCGAGCCUUGAUCAGCUCCUGGUGGCCAGCGACGUGGUAGGCAACAUCAGGUUCAGUCACCCGACGCUGUACGUAUUUCCGGGGGGCCAAGGCGACGCCGCGCUCUUCGGCAUCAACGGAUUCAAUAUGCUCGUGGACGGCGGGUUCUCCCGCAAGGCAUGCUGGUGGGACUUCGCUCGGCAUCUGGACCGUCUGGACGCGGUACUGUUCACCAGGCUCAACAACUGUUCUGUAUCAGGCAUGGCGGCUGUCCUGCGCAGGAAGGCCACCGCCAAUGUCUAUCCACAGAUUGGACACUUCUUCUGUAAUCUAGAGGAGAGACGCGCGCUCGCGAGCCCGGACGGCGACAAGGACGCUGACCCGCUGCUGGUGUCGCUGCUGCAGGAGGGUUCCGACAUGAUGGCUGACCUCAGGCACAUCAACCUCAAGCCGCAGCACUGCUACCGCGGACCAGACCCCAUCAACCUAUACCACAAAGUUGGACACGGAACACUGGAUAUGUAUGUACUGAAUCCGUCCAAGGACUCUAAGCAUGUUCGUGAAUUCCUCAAACGAUGGCAUAAUAGUGAACAAAAACUUUUUGAAGGUGCAAGUGUAUCGGGACAGUUUAAUUUUCCAAUUCCUAACUUAGUGUCUAUUUGUGCUUUACUAGUGUGGCGACCCGCAAACCCUGACGAUACGAUCACGAGGAUAAUGUUUCCUGGCUCGACCCCACAACAUAAAAUAUUUGAAGGCUUAGAAAAAUUAAAGCAUCUUGAGUUUCUUCACCACCCAACGUGCACAGGACGACAAAUGGCAGAAACAGUCCCCCCUACGACCACGACGACAACGACAACUUUCACAACAGCAACAACAAAAUCCACAAAACAAGUCUCAUCUAGAGCUAGUAAAGAAAAACAUAUUCUUACCGAUAAAACAAAAGAAGAAAAAAUUGUUGAACCAGAACCUCCACCACUCAAGGAUGCGAUAGUAAAAGAUGAAACAGAUUCAAAAAAUAUGAUUGAUAAUAAAUUACUCAGUGAACUAGUAGAAGGUGAAGAGAAAAAGAUUGAAUCAGUUUUGCAGGAUGCCAUCACAGCAAGAAUUGAAACAAAGCUUGAUGAUAAACUUGCUCAAUAUGAGAGCACUGUUUUAGAUGGCUUGUCAAAAAAGAAGGAAGUCAAGAAAAAAGAAAAAGUGUCGGAAAAGAGAACAAAACGUUUUGAUAAAAUUGAAGACUUAAAAGAGCCUGUAGUUAAACCAACUGAAAGUAAAAAGGCUGAUAUAGACAGUAAAUCUAAAUCUGAAAUGAAAAAGAGAAUAGAAAGUAAAAUUAAAACUGAUUCUGUGCCUUCCUCAACGAGAAGUAAAACCAGUCAUCGGGUUGUACUAAAAUCCACAGAGAAAAAAACAAUUAUUGAUAAAAAAUCGCCACCGAUAACGCCAAAAAAGGUUCUAGAAACUAAAACAGUCACUUCCACAAUACAAUCCGUAGCAAAAGAAAGGUUAAAGACUAAAACUAGAAAAUUAAGUCCUAGCAGUACUCCUGCUAAGAGUGCCAAAGAAGCAAGUAAUCGCAGGGUUAUGGAAUCAAAAUAUAAACAAGGAUCGCCCAAACGUGAUUUAAGUCAAAAACAGUCGGAAAAAAAAGAACUGAAACCCAAGAGAGAACCAAUUUCAAGAAGGCCGCGUCCCUUAGCUUCACCUAUAAAAGGAUUAAAAGUAAUGAAAAGUCCAACAAAAUCCGCCAAAGUACCAAAAGCUGAUAUGUCUAAACUAAAAGGCUUACAAAGAGUAAAUUAUGAAGAUAUUUUGAAAGAUGCAAAAAAAUCUGAUGAAGACACGUCAAAAUCAUUAGAUGAGAUAAAACAACAAGAACUUGAUGAAAAGGAAGAACAAGAGAUCGUAAGAGAAAUUGAAGCUGUUUUUAAUAGAGAUAGUGAAACUGAAGAAAAAGUAGAAUAUGUCGGAAGGUCGGACAUUGAAAAAAUUACAUGUAUGUUAGAUGAUACAAAAACAACAGCUGAUGGUGAAUUUGAAGAAGAAUACCUAAUAAUAGAAAAAGAAGAAGUUGAGCAAUUCACAGAGGAUUCUGUGAUUGAGCAUGAAAGUAGUCAAGACAACGAUGGAGACGAACUUCAAAAACAUUUGAAAGAUAAAGAAGAAUCUGAGAAAAGGAAAGAUGAAAAAAUAAUCAAGAUUAAAACUGAUACAUUAGCAGAGUUUGAAAGUGAUCAAAAACAAACAGAAUCUAAGGAACAUUCUGUAAGUGUAGAGGAAAAACAGGACAUAAGCAGUGAAAAGAAAACAUCAGAAAGUAAAAGUGGUGUUCCGAAACCCAAAGACUCUCUAGAACUUAAUAUUGUACAAGAAUCUCAACCAGAUGAAAAAAUUUCGACGACUAUCGAAUCUGGCGCUACUACAGCACCAACAUUACCAGAAGAUGAGCGAAUUACUCUUGAUGAUAUUAAAGAAAAUCAAAUUAUUGAAGAAAAAUAUAUUAAAGAAGAAAAAAAAGAAAUUAUCCCACCACAAACGUUGGCUGACGUCCAUAAAAUAACAUGCAAAGAGAAAAGUACAAAACAAGAAUCUAUACCGGCACCAAUAAGAGAAAUAGUCAAAACUCCUGAUGAAGUCGCAGAUUUACCAUUGCACGAAGAAGUUGACUAUAGGACAUAUGAGGAAAAGAAAACUCCGCUCGAUGAAGAGAUUUUCAAACGUAAACCUGAUUUAGGGUUUGUACAUGAAAUAAAAGUGCCAAAGGACUUACCCUUACCUGACACAGAUAAUAUAAUACCUGAUAAAACUCCUAAAACAAUCGAAGAUGAUGUUGUUUUAAAAACAGUUCAACGGGCAUCGCAUGCUGAAUUAGUUACUGUUACCCCAGGCUCUGCACCAGAGUCACCAAUGAACCCUGUUCAAAUUAAAACUGCAUCUCUUCCAAACAAAGAAUUAGAGACCUUGAAAGAGUUCGAUGGAGUUGAGUAUAAUUAUCCUCAGUUUACCGAAAAAUUAAGGGAAACACAUAUUACUACAGUAGAUUCUCCUAUUAGGGAUGACAUUAUAAUUAUAGAGGAAGUGUCAUGCAUGCCAGAAAAAAUUCCUUCAAUCCCUGAAGAUGUUGAAAAGGAAAUUGAAGAAGAACGAAUACUUGAAAUAACAGAGAAACCACCGUUGAGUCCUAAAGACGUAGAAAAAAUAGUUGCAGACGUCGCAGAAGUAUUGAAAUCUGACAAGAGUCUUGAAGAAAUAAUGGCUGAAAAAUCACCAGUGGUGAUUUGCAAAUCUCCAGAAAGUUUUUCUAAGACGGAUAUAGCUAUAGCAUCAGCAAUUGAGGCUACUAAAAUGCUUUUGAUACAUGAAAAAGAAAUUCCUACGAAGGAGACAAUAGGCUCAAUUGUAAUAACAAAGGAAAUUUCCCCAUCAAGAUCUAUCGCGUCUGAAGAUGUUAGUGAAACAUCAGAUAAGACAGUAUUAAGUGAAGGGAAAAGAAUAAAACAGGAUACCAAUGACCAACAAACACUGUUAAAAUCUUCUAUCAAACCAGCCACUGCUGUAUAUGAGCAGGAAAUAAAAUUAAAAUCAAAUGAAAUAGUAGUUUCAGUAGAAGGCAAAGAAGAAGAAGCAUUUAAUGCAAAAAAUUCAAUAGAAAAAUAUCUCGUGGAUAAAUCCAAAACUCUAGAAAAGGAUACUUUGUCUAGGGAUAUAUCAAGAGACAUUAAUGAAAAACGACUUAGCAUAACUUUCGAAUCAGCUAAAACAUUAGAGAAAUUAGAGGAAAAAAUGACAGACUUAAAACGUAAAGAGGAAUUUAUACUCAACCAACCGGUUAACGGUGAGGCUGUGCCAAUCAUAACUUCUGAAACAAAUAAAACUAUUCAAAAAUCUUCACAAGAAGAAAUAGCAAUUGUGGAACAAGACGAUACAAUUAAAGAAAUUGAUGAAAAGUCUCCAACAACUAUCACCAUCGAUACUAAGAUAGCGAGCCCAGUAAAGACGUCAGACUCUCUUUUCAGUACAGUUCUUAUUAAAGAACUUGAUUCUGAGAUAGAGAAAACGGCAAUAAAAGACAAACAGGUUGAAACUGUCUUAUCUCAGAGCUAUGUUUCAACUCAUGAUGGAUUAGAAAGAAAUAUCCAAAAAAUAGAUGACAUGUUCCAAGUAGAGUACAGCGACAUUUUAAAGGAAUCCGUACCGCUUUCUAUUAAAGAAGGCGAAAAACAGUUAAUAGACGAAAAGGAUAGUGACGAAGAAAGUACUCGAGAACCAGACGAUCAAGAUAUUAAAGCUGAACAAUACACACACAGUUUAGGAGAUACAGUAGAAAAUAUUUCAAGUAGCGAAUGUUUGCUCGCAGAUCAAUUAACAAAACAAGUAUACUCUACAAAAGAUGUCUUAGAACAAAAAUUCAUUUCUAGCAAACUUGAUAAAGUGCAAGUAAGUUUAGAAAAAGAUUUUAUAAAAGUUACACAAGAAGAUCUCUCUAAAAUUGUCGAUGGUGAGUGUGAUAAGAAAGAUUCAAAAAUUGAAUCUACAAUUUUAAGCAAUGUUCACGACCUUGAAAAAGAAUUACCAAAUAAAGAAAAAAAAGAAGUUGAACAAAAUGUACUUGAAGCUCAAAUCAGCCCCAUAGACAAAAAUAUUGAAGAAAGUUCAUCUUUGAGUGAAAAAGAUUCUAUCACUACUACUGAGGAGGUAACAGAAAAGGACACAAAAGUCGAAAAAUCUGUAAUAAAUGAAGCAACAGAUACUAAAACUGACAAAGUGUAUUUGGAAACAGAAGAAGAAGGUAACAAAAUAGGUGAACAAAAAAUCAUCCCAAUUACAGCAAACGAUAUUGAAAAAACUUCGUCUCCAGAGGUAGUAGAAAGCGCACCUAUUACACUGCCAGAUAUAAACGAUAAGCCGCCAAAGGAAAUAGGGAAUAGGGAAUCGCCUACAGAGAAAGCAAGUAAAAAUAUAAUAGAUGACAAAACAUUUACUUUAGUCACUGAAAAAGUAAUUGAAAAAACCCCUACACAAGAAAAAGAAGACAGGGCGCCCAUUGCAGUGUCACUUGUAGAUGUGAAGCUAACAGAUAAGGAAAUAGUAUCACCUAUUUUAGAAAAGUUAACUGAUACAGAAUUUGCACCAGGAAAAGGAGACCAAUCUGAAGGUAGCGAAAACACUACCAUUCAGCUUGAAAGAGAAAGUAUGUCAUCGGAUACAUUAGAUAAAGUAACCGAUAUUAAAACAAAAUCGAAAAAAGAAACGUCCGCAGAAAAAGUAAGUGAAAAAGAAAUCGAGGAAGAAAAAUUAAUCAAAGUCACUGAAAAACUAAUUGAGAAAACUCCUUUACCAGAAAAGGAAGACAAGGCGCACGUUGCAGUGUCACCUGUAGAUGCGAAGCCAACAGAUAAGCAAAAACUAUCACAUGUUUUAGAAAAGCUAACUGAUACAGAGUUCGCACCAGGAAAAAGAGACCAAUCUGAAGUAAGCGAAAAAACUGGCAUCGCGCUUGUGACAGAAAGUAUGUCAUCUGAUUCAUUUGAUAAAGUAACUGAUAUUAAAAUAAUAUCGGAAAUAGAACUGACCGCAGAAAAAGAUAAUAAAAAAGUAAUUGAGAAAACUCCUUUACCAGAAGAGGAAGACAGAGCGCCCAUUGCAGUGUCACCUGUAGAUGAGAAGUCAACACAUAAGGGAAAAAUAUCAGAUGUUCCAGAAAAGCCAACUAAUACAGAAUUUGCAACAGAAAAAGAAGACCACGUGGAAGGUGGCGAAAAGGCAGCUACCGCAUUUUUGACAGUUAGUCUGUCAACUGAUACUUUAGGUCAAGUAACUGACAUUAAAACAAUAUCGAAAAAAGAACUACCCGCAGAAAAAGAAGGUGAAAAAGUAAUCGAGGAAGAAAAAGUGAUCACAGUUACUGAAAAAGUUAUAGACAAAACCCCUUCACCAGAAAAGGAAAGCAAGGCGCACAUUGCACUGUCACUUAUAGAUGCGAAGCCAACAGAUAAGCACAUAGUAUCACCUGUUUUGGAAAAGUCAACUGAUACAGAGUUUGCACCAGGAAAACAAGACCAAGCGAAAGGUAGCGAAAAAGUAGCCGUUGCACUUGUAUUUGAAAGUGUCUCAUCUGAUACAUUAGAUAAACCAACUCAUAUUAAAACGAUAUCAGAAAAAGAACUGUCCGCAGAAAAAGAAAGUGAAAAAGUAAUCGAGGAAGAAAAAAUAGUCAAAGUCACUGAAAAAGAAAUUGAGAAAACCCGUUCACCAGAAGAGGAAGACAGUGCACCUUUUGCAGUGUCACCUGUAGAUGCGAAGUCAACAGAAAAGCAAAUAGUAAAAUCUCAGUUAGAAAAGCCAACUGAAACUGAACUGAAGUUUGCACCAGGAAACGAAGACAAAUCUGGUGAUGGUGAAACAGUAGCCAUCGCGACUGUGACAGAAAGUUUAUCAACUGAUACAUUAGAUAAAGUAACUGAUGUUAAAACAAUAUCGAAAGAAAAACUGAGCCCAAAAAAAGAAAGUGAAAAAGUAAUUGAGGAAGAAAAAGUAAUUACAGUCACUGAAAAGGUAAUCGAGACAACUCCUUCACCAGAAAAGGAAGACAAGGCGUCCAUUGCACUGUCACCUGUAGAUGUGAAGUCAACAGAUAAGCAAAAAGUAUCACCUUUUUCAGGGAAGCCAACUGACACAGAAUUUCCACCAGAAAAAGAAGGCCAAGCGGAAGGUAGCGAUAAGACAGCUAUCGCGCUUGUGACAGAAAGUAUGUCAUCUGAUAUAUUAGAUAAAGUGACUGACAUUAAAACGAUAUCAGAAAAACAAUUGUCCGUAGAAAAAAAAAGUGAAAAAGUAAUCACAGUAACUGAAAAAGAAAUUGAGAAAACCCGCUCACCAGAAGAUGAAGACAGGGCGCACAUUGCAGUGUCGCCUGUAGAUGGGGAGCCAAAAGAUAAGCAUAUAAUAUCACCUGUUUUAGAAAAGCCAACUGAUACAAAGUUUGCACCAGGAAAAGGAGACCAAUCUGGAGGUAGCGAAAAAUCAGGCAUUGCGAUUGUGACAGAAAGUAUAUCGAAUGAUACAUUAGAUAAAAUAACUGAUGUAAAAACAAUAUCGGAAGAAAAAUUGAGUGCAAAUAAAGAAAGCGAAAAAGGAAUCGAGGAAGAAAAAGAAAUUACAGCCACUGAAAAGGUAACUGAGACAACUCCUUCACCAGCAAAGGAGGACAAGGCGUCCAUUGCACUGUCACCUAUAGAUGCGAAGUCAAUAGAUAAGCAAAAAGUAUCACCUGUUUCAGAGAAGCCAGCUGAUACAGAAUUUGCACCAGAAAAAGAAGGCCAAGCAGAAGGUAGCGAUAAGACAACCAUCGCGCUUGUGACAGAAAGAAUGUCAUCUGAUACAUUAGAUAUAGCAACUGACAUUCAAACAAUAGUGGAAAAAGAACUGACCUCAGAAAAAGAAAGUAAAAUUGUAAUCGAGGAAGAGAAAAUUAUAACAAUCACUGAAAAAGUAAUUGAAAAAUCUCCUUCUCCAGAAAAGGAAGUCAAGGCGCCCAUUGCACUGUCACCUGUAGAUGCAAAAUUAUCAGAUAAGCAAAAAAUAUCACCUGUUUCAGACAAGCCAACCGAUACAGAAAUAGAAGAUCAAGCGGAAGGUAGGGAUAAGACAGCCAUCGCGCUUGUGGCAGAAAGCAUGUCAUCUGAUACAUUAGAUAAAGUAACUGAAAUUAAAACAAUACCGAAAAAAGAACUAACCGCAGAAAAACAAAGUGAAAAAGUAAUCGAGGUAGAAAAAAUAGUCAAAGUCACUGAAAAAGAAAUUGAGAAAACCCGUUCACCAGAAGAGGAAGACAGUGCACCUUUUGCAGUGUCACCUGUAGAUGCGAAGUCAACAGAAAAGCAAAUAGUAAAAUCUCAGUUAGAAAAGCCAACUGAAACUGAACUGAAGUUUGCACCAGGAAACGAAGACAAAUCUGGUGAUGGUGAAACAGUAGCCAUCGCGACUGUGACAGAAAGUUUAUCAACUGAUACAUUAGGUAAAAUAACUGACAUUAAAACAAUAUCGGCAAAAGAACAAUCUGCAGAAAAAGAAAGUGAAAAACUAUUCGAAGAAGAAAAAAUUAUUACAGUCACUGAAAAGGUAAUUGGGAAAACUUCUCAAGAAAAGGAAGACACGGCGCCCAUUGCGCUAUCAUCUGUAGAUGCGAAGCCACAAUAUAAACAAAAAGUAUCACCCGUUUUAGAAAAACAAACUGAUACAGAAUUCGCACCAAGAAAAGGAGACAAAUCUGGAGGUAUUGAAAAAGCAGCGAUCGCGCUUGGGACAGAAAUUAUGUCAUGUGAUACCUUAGAUAAAGUAACUGAUAUUAAAAUAAUAACAGAAAAAGAACUGUCCGCACUAAAAGAAAGUGAAAAAUUAAUUGAGGAAGAAAAAAUAACAACAGUCACUGAAAAAGUAAUCGAAAAAGCCCCUUCAACUGAAGAGGAAGACAUGGCGCCCAUUGCACUGUCACCUGUAGAUGUGAAGCGAACAGAUAAACAAAAAGUAUCACCUGUUUUAGAAAAGCCAACUGAUACAGAGUCCACACCAGGAAUAGGAGACAAAACUGAAGGUAGUGAUAAAGCAGCCAUCGCGCUUGUGACAGAAAGUAUAUCAUCUGAUACUUUAAAUAAAGUAACUGAUAUUAAAAAAAUAUCUGAAAAAGAACUGUCCGCAAGAACAGAAAUUGAAAAAGUAAUCGAGGAAGAAAAAGUAAUUACAGUCACUGAAAAAAUAAUUGAAAAAACCUCUUCUCCAGAAGAGGAAGACAGGACGCCCAUUGCAGUGUCACCUGGAGAUGCGAAGCCGACUGAUAAGCACAUAGUUUCACCUGGUUUAGAAAAGCCAGUUGAUACAAAGGUCGCUCCAGGCAAAGGGGACCAUCCUGAAGGUAGCGAAAAGACUCUCAUCGCGCUUGCGACGGAAAGUAUGUCACCUGAUACAAUAGGUAAAGUAACUGACAUUAAAAAAAUAUCAGAAAAAGAACUUCUUGCUGAAAAAGAAAGUGCAAAGGUAAUCGAGGAAGAGAAAAUUAUAACAGUCGCUGAAAAAGUGAUUGAGAAAACGCCUACACCAGAAAAGGAAGUCAAUAUGCAUAUUGCACUAUCACCUGCAGCUGCGAAGUCAACAGAUAAGCAAAAAAUAUCACCUGUUUCAGAAAAGCCAACUGAUAAAAAAAUAGAAGAAUCACCUGUAUCAGAGUAUUUCACUGAUACAGAAAAAGAAGACCACGUGGAAGGUCCUGAUAAGACAGCCAUCGCACUUGUGACAGAAAGCAUGUCAUCUGAUAUAUUAGGUAAAAUAAAUGACAUUAAAACAAUAUCGGAAAUAACACUUCUUGCAGAAAAAGAAAGUGCAAAGGUAAUCGAGGAAGAGAAAAUUUUUGAAGUCCCUGAAAAAGUAAUUGAAAAAACUCCUUCUCCAGAAAAGGAAGACAAGACACCGAUUGCACUGACAUCUAAAGAUGGGAAGUCAACAGACAAGCAAAACAUAUCACAUGUUUCAGAAAAGCCAACUGAUACAGAAAUAGAAGACCACGCUGAAGGUACUGAUAGGACAGCCAUCGCGCUUGUGACAGAAAGCAUGUCAUCUGAUACAUUAGAUAAAGUCAAUGACAUUAAAAUAAUAUUGGAAAAAGAACUUCCUGCAGAAAAAGAAAGUGCACAGUUAAUGGAGGAACAGAAAAUUUUUAAAGUCACUGAAAAAGUAAUUGAAAAAACUCCUUUUCCAGAAAAGGAAGACAAGACACCGAUUGCACUGAUAUCUAGAGAUGAGAAACCAACAGAUAAGCAAAAAAUAUCACCUGUUUCAGAAAAGCCAACUCAUACAGAAAUGGCAGAUCACUCGGAAGGUAGGGAUAGGACAGCCAUCGCGCUUGUAACAGAAAGCAUGUCACCAAAAAUAUUAGACAAAGUAACUGAUAUUAAAAAAAUAUCGAAGAAGGAACUGUCCCCAGAAAAAGAAAGUGAAAAAGUUAUUGAGGAAGAAAAAAUCAUCACAGCCACCGAAAAAGAAAUUGAAAAAACCCCUUCACCAGAAGAGAAAGACAGGGCGCCCAUUGCAGUGUCAUCUGUAGAUGAGAAGUCAACAGAUAAGCAAAUAGUAUCACCUCGAUUAGAAAAGCCAACUGAUUUAGAGUUUGCACCAGUAAAAGGAGACAAAUCCGUAGGUAGAGAAAAAGCAGCUAUCGCGCUUGUGACAGAAAGUAUGUCACCUGAUACAUUAGGUGAAGUAACUGACAUUAAAACAAUAUCGGAAAAAGAACUUCCAGCAGAAAAAGAAAAAGCAAGGGUAACCGAGGAAGAGAUAAUUAUGAGAGUCAGUGAAAAAGUAAUUGAAAAAACUCCUUCUCCAGAAAAGGAAGACAAGACACCGAUUGCACUGACAUCUAUAGAUGAGAAGUCGACAGAUAAGCAAAAAAUAUCACCUGUUCCAGAAAAGCCAACUGAUACAGAAAUAGAAGACCACGCGGAAGGUAGUGAUAUGAUAGCCAUCGCGCCUGUGACAGAAAGCAAGUCAUCUGAUACAUUAGAUAAAGUAAGUAAUAUUAAAAAAAUAUCAGAAAAAGAACCGUCCCCAGAAAAAGAAAGUGAAAAAGUUAUCGAGGAAGAAAAACUCAUCACGGCCACCGAAAAAGAAAUUGAGAAAACCCCUUCACCAGAAGAGGAAGACAGGGCGCCCAUUGCAGUGUCAUCUGUAGAUGAGAAGUCAACAGAUAAGCAAAUAAUAUUACCUCUAUUAGAAAAGCCAACUGAUUUAGAGUUUGCACCAGGAAAAGGAGAUAAAUCUGGAGGUAAUGAAAAAGCAGCUAUCGCGCUUGUGACAGAAUGUAUGUCACCUGAUACAUUAGGUAAAAUAAAUGACAUUAAAACAAUAACGGAAAAAGAACUUUCUGCUGAAAAAGAAAGUGCAAAGGUAACCGGGGAAGAGAAAAUUUUGAGAGUCAGUGAAAAAUUAAUUGAAAAAACUCCUUCUCCAGAAAAGGAAGACAAGACACCGAUUGCAUUGACAUCUAGAGAUGAUAAGUCAACAGAUAAGCAAAAAAUAUCACCUGUUUCAGAAAAGCCAACUGAUACAGAAAUAGAAGACCACGCGGAAGGUAGUGAUAAGACAGCCAUAGCGCUUGUGACAGAAAGCAUGUCAUCUGAUACAUUAGAUAAAGUAACUGAUAUUAAAAAAAUAUCAGAAAAAGAACCGUCCCCAGACAAAGAAAGUGAAAAAGUUACCGAGAAAGAAAAAAUCAUCACAGCCACCGAAAAAGAAAUUGAGAAAACCCCUUCACCAGAAGAGGAAGACAGGGCGCCCAUUACAGUGUCACCUGUAUAUGCGAAGUCAACAGAUAAGCAAACAGUAUCACCACUAUUAGAAAAGCCAACUGAUAUAGAGUUUGCACCAGGAAAAGGAGACAAAUCUGAAGAUAGUGAAAAAGUAUCUAUCGCGCUUGUGACAGAAAGUAUGUCACCUGAUACAUUAGGUAAAUUAAAUGACACUAAAACAUCGGAAAAUGAACAACUUGCAGAAAAAGAAAGUACAAAGGUAAUCGAGGAAGAGAAAACUUUGAGAGUCAUUGAAAAAGUAAUUGAAAAAACUCCUUCUCCAGAAAAGGAAGACAAGACACCGAUUGCACUGACAUCUAUAGAUGAGAAGUCGACAGAUAAGCAAAAAAUAUCACCUGUUUCAGAAAAGCCAACUGAUAAAGAAAUAGCAGACCACGCGGAAGGUAGGGAUAAGGCAGCCAUCGCGCUUGUAACAGAAAGCAUGUCAUCUGAUAUAUUAAAUAAAGUAACUGAUAUUAAACAAAUAUCGAAAAAAGAACUGUCCGCAGAAAAAGAAAGUGAAAAAGUUACCGAGGAAGAAAAAAUCAUCACAGCCACCGAAAAAGAAAUUGAAAAAACCCCUUCACCAGAAGAGAAAGACAGGGCGCCCAUUGCAGUGUCAUCUGUAGAUGAGAAGUCAACAGAUAAGCAAACAGUAUCACCUCUAUUAGAAAAGCCAACUGAUAUAGAGUUUGCACCAGGAAAAGGAGACAAAUCUGAAGAUAGUGAAAAAGCAUCUAUAGCGCUUGUGACAGAAAGUAUGUCACCUGAUACAUUAGGUAAAUUAAAUGACACUAAAACAUCGGAAAAUGAACAACUUGCAGAAAAAGAAAGUGCAAAGGUAAACGAGGAAGAGAAAAUUUUGAGAGUCAGCGAAAAAGUAAUUGAAAAAACUCCUUCUCCAGAAAAGGAAGACAAGACACCGAUUGCAUUGACAUCUAGAGAUGAGAAGUCAACGGAUAAGCAAAAAAUAUCACCUGUUUCAGAAAAGCCAACUGAUACAGAAAUAAAAGACCACGCGGAAGGUAGUGAUAAGAUAGCCAUCGCGCUUGUGACAGAAAGCAUGUCAUCUUAUACAUUAGAUAAAGUUAGUAAAAUUAAAAAAAUAUCAGAAAAAGAACUGUCCCCAGAAAAAGAAAGUGAAAAAGUUAUCGAGGAAGAAAAACUCAUCACAGCCACCGAAAAAGAAACUGAGAAAACCCCUUCACCAGAAGAGGAAGGCAGGGCGCCCAUUGCAGUGUCACCUGUAGAUGCGAAGUCAAGAGACAAGCAAACUCCUUUUCCAGAAAAGGAAGACAAGACACCAAUUGCACUGACAUCUAUAGAUGAGAAGUCAGCAGAUAAGCAAAAAAUAUCAACUGUUUCAGAAAAGCCAAAUGAUACAGAAAAAGAAUACCACGCAGAUGGAAGUGAUAAGACAGCCAUCGCGCUUGUGACAGAACGCAAGUCAUCUGAUACAUUAGAUAAAGUAACUGAUAUUAAAAAAACAUUGGAAAAAGAACUGUCCGUGGAAAAAGAAAGUGAAAAAGUUAUCGAGGAAGAAAAAAUCAUCACAGCCACCGAAAAAGAAAUUGAGAAAACUCCUUCUCCAGAAAAGGAAGACAAGACACCGACUGCACUGACAUCUAGAGAUAAGGAGACAACAGAUGAGCAAAAAAUAUCACCUGUUUCAGAAAAGCCAACUGAUACAGAAAUAGAAGACCACGUGGAAGUUAGUGAUAAGACAGCCAACGCGCUUAUGACAGAAAGCAAGUCAUCUGAUACAUUAGAUAAAGUAACUGAUAUUAAAAAAACAUUGGAAAAAGAACUGUCCGCGGAAAAAGAAAGUGAAAAAGUUAUCGAGGAAGAAAAAAUCAUCACAGUCACUGAAAAAGAAAUUGAGAAAACUCCUUCACCAGAAGAGGACGACAGAGCGCCCAUUGCAGUGUCACCUGUAGAUGCGAAGUCAACAGAUAAGCAAAAAGCAUCACCUUUAUUAGAUAAGCCAACUGAGAUAGAGUUUGCAUCAGGAAAAGGAGACAAAUCUGGAAGUAGUGAAAAAGCAGCCAUCACGCUUAUGACAGAAAGUACGUCAACUGAUACAUAUGGUAAAGUAACUGACAUUAAAAUAAUAUCGGAAAAAGAACUUUCUGCAGAAAAAGAAAGUGCACAGUUAAUCGAGGAAGAGAAAAUGAUUACAGUCACUGAAAAAGAAAUUGAAAAAACUUCUUCACCAGAAAAGGAUGACAAGGCGUCGAAUGCACUGUCAUCUAGAGAUAAGGCGUCAACAGAUGAACAAACAAUAGCACCUGUUUCAGAAAAAUCAACCGAUACCGAAUUAGAAGACCAUUCGAAAAGUAGUGAUAAGACAGCCAUCGCGCUUGUGACAGAAAGCAAGUCAUCUGAUACAUUAGAUAAAGUAACUGAUAUUAAAAAAACAUUAGAAAAAGAACUGUCCGCGGAAAAAGUAAGUGAAAAAGUUAUCGAGGAAGAAAAAAUCAUCACAGUCACUGAAAAAGAAAUUGAAAAAACUCUUUCUCCAGAAAAGGAAGACAAGACACUGAUUGCACUGAUAUCUAGAGAGAAGGAGACAACAGAUGAGCAAAAUAUAUCACCUGUUUCAGAAAAGCCAACUGAUACAGAAAUAGAAGACCACGCGGAAGAUAGUGUUAAGACAGCCAUCGCGCUUGUGACAGAAAGAAAGUCAUCUGAUACAUUAGAUAAAGUAACUGAUAUUAAAAAAACAUUGGAAGAAGAACUGUCCGCGGAAAAAGAAAGUGAAAAAGUUAUCGAGGAAGAAAAAAUCAUCACAGUCACUGAAAAAGAAAUUGAGAAAACUCCUUCACCAGAAGAGGACGACAGAGCGCCCAUUGCAGUGUCACCUGUAGAUGCGAAGUCAACAGAUAAGCAAAAAGCAUCACCUUUAUUAGAUAAGCCAACUGAGAUAGAGUUUGCACCAGGAAAAGGAGACAAAUACGUUGGUAGUGAAAAAGCAGCCAUUGCGCUUAUGACAGAAAGUAUGUCAACUGAUACAUACGGUAAAGUAACUGACAUUAAAAUAAUAUCGCAAAAAGAACUUUCUGCAGAAAAAGAAAGUGCACAGUUAAUCGAGGCAGAGAAAAUUAUUACAGUCACUGAAAAAGAAAUUGAAAAAACUCCUUCACCAGAAAAGGAUGACAAAGCCUCGAUUGCACUGUCAUCUAGAGAUAAGACGUCAACAGAUGAACAAACAAUAGCACCUGUUUUAGAAAAACCAACCCAUACAGAAUUAAAAGACCAUUCGGAAAGUAGUGAUAAGACAACCAUCUCGCUUGUGACGGUAAGCAAGUCAUCUGAUAUAUUAGAUAAAGGAAGUAGUAUUCAAAAAAUAUCAGAAAAAGAACUGUCCCCAGAAAAAGAAAGUGAAAAAGUUAUCGAGGAAGAAAUUAUCAUCACAGCCACCGAAAAAGAAAUUGAGAAAACUCCUUCGCCAGAAGAGGAAGGCAGGGCGCCCAUUGCAGUGUCACCUGUAGAUGCGAAGUCAACAGACAAGCAAAUAGUAUCACCCCUAUUAGAAAAGCCAACUGAUAUAGAGUUUGCAUCAGGCAAAGGAGACAAAUCUGGAGGAAGUGAAAAAGCAGCCAUCGCACUUAAGACAGAAAGUAUGUCAACUGAUACAUAUGGUAAAGUAACUGACAUUAAAAUAAUAUCGGAAGAAGAACUUUCUGCAGAAAAAGAAAGUGCACAGUUAAUCGAGGCAGAGAAAAUUAUUACAGUCACUGAAAAAGAAAUUGAAAAAACUCCUUCACCAGAAAAGGAUGACAAGGCGUCGAUUGCACUGUCAUCUAGAGAUAAGACGUCAACAGAUGAACAAACAAUAGCACCUGUUUUAGAAAAACCAACCCAUACAGAAUUAAAAGACCAUUCGGAAAGUAGUGAUAAGACAACCAUCGCGCUUGUGACAGGAAGCAAGUCAUCUGAUACAUUAGAUAAAGUAAGUGAUAUUAAAAAAAUAUCAGUAAAAGAACUGUCCCCAGAAAAAGAAAGUGAAAAAGUUAUCGAGAAAGAAAAAAUCAUCACAGCCACCGAAAAAGAAAUUGAGAAAACUCCUUCACCAGAAGAGGAGGACAGGCCACCCAUUGCAGUGUCACCUGUAGAUGCGAAGUCAACAGACAAGCAAAUAGUAUCACCCCUAUUAGAAAAGCCAACUGAUACAGAGUUUGUAUUAGGCAAAGGAGACAAAUCUAGAGGAAGUGAAAAAGCAGCCAUCGCGCUUAAGACAGAAAGUAUGUCAACUGAUACAUAUGGUAAAGUAACUGACAUUAAAAUAAUAUCGGAAGAAGAACUUUCUGCAGAAAAAGAAAGUGCACAGUUAAUCGAGGCAGAGAAAAUUAUUACAGUCACUGAAAAAGAAAUUGAAAAAACUCCUUCACCAGAAAAGGAUGACAAGGCGUCGAUUGCACUGUCAUCUAGAGAUAAGACGUCAACAGAUGAACAAACAAUAGCACCUGUUUUAGAAAAACCAACCCAUACAGAAUUAAAAGACCAUUCGGAAAGAAGUGAUAAGACAACCAUCGCGCUUGUGACAGAAAGCAAGUCAUCUGAUACAUUAGAUAAAGUAAGUAAUAUUAAAAAAAUAUCAGAAAAAGAACUGUCCCCAGAAAAAGAAAGUGAAAAAGUUAUCGAGGAAGAAAAAAUCAUCACAGCACCGAAAAAGAAAUUGAGAAAACUCCUUCACCAGAAGAGGACGACAGAGCGCCCAUUGCAGUGUCACCUGUAGAUGCGAAGUCAACAGACAAGCAAAUAGUAUCACCCCUAUUAGAAAAGCCAACUGAUAUAGAGUUUGCACCAGGCAAAGGAGACAAAUCUGGAGGAAGUGAAAAAGCAGCCAUCGCGCUUAAGACAGAAAGUAUGUCAACUGAUACAUAUGGUAAAGUAACUGACAUUAAAAUAAUAUCAGAAAAAGAACUUUCUGCAGAAAAAGAAAGUGCACAGUUAAUCGAGGCAGAGAAAAUUAUUACAGUCACUGAAAAAGAAAUUGAAAAAACUCCUUCGCCAGAAAAGGAUGACAAGGCGUCGAUUGCACUGUCAUCUAGAGAUAAGACGUCAACAGAUGAACAAACAAUAGCACCUGUUUUAGAAAAACCAACCCAUACAGAAUUAAAAGACCAUUCGGAAAGUAGUGAUAAGACAACCAUCUCGCUUGUGACGGAAAGCAAGUCAUCUGAUACAUUAGAUAAAGGAAGUAGUAUUCAAAAAAUAUCAGAAAAAGAACUGUCCCCAGAAAAAGAAAGUGAAAAAGUUAUCGAGGAAGAAAUUAUCAUCACAGCCACCGAAAAAGAAAUUGAGAAAACUCCUUCACCAGAAGAGGAAGGCAGGGCGCCCAUUGCAGUGUCACCUGUAGAUGCGAAGUCAACAGACAAGCAAAUAGUAUCACCCCUCUUAGAAAAGCCAACUGAUAUAGAGUUUGCAUCGGGCAAAGGAGACAAAUCUGGAGGAAGUGAAAAAGCAGCCAUCGCGCUUAAGACAGAAAGUAUGUCAACUGAUACAUAUGGUAAAGUAACUGACAUUAAAAUAAUAUCGGAAGAAGAACUUUCUGCAGAAAAAGAAAGUGCACAGUUAAUCGAGGCAGAGAAAAUUAUUACAGUCACUGAAAAAGAAAUUGAAAAAACUCCUUCACCAGAAAAGGAUGACAAGGCGUCGAUUGCACUGUCAUCUAGAGAUAAGACGUCAACAGAUGAACAAACAAUAGCACCUGUUUUAGAAAAACCAACCCAUACAGAAUUAAAAGACCAUUCGGAAAGCAGUGAUCAGACAACCAUCGCGCUUGUGACAGAAAGCAAGUCAUCUGAUACAUUAGAUAAAGUAAGUAAUAUUAAAAAAAUAUCAGAAAAAGAACUGUCCCCAGAAAAAGAAAGUGAAAAAGUUAUCGAGGAAGAAAAAAUCAUCACAGCCACCGAAAAAGAAAUUGAGAAAACUCCUUCACCAGUAGAGGAGGACAGGGCACCCAUUGCAGUGUCACCUGUAGAUGCGAAGUCAACAGACAAGCAAAUAGUAUCAUCCCUAUUAGAAAAGCCAACUGAUAUAGAGUUUGCAUCGGGCAAAGGAGACAAAUCUGGAGGAAGUGAAAAAGCAGCCAUCGCGCUUAAGACAGAAAGUAUGUCAACUGAUACAUAUGGUAAAGUAACUGACAUUAAAAUAAUAUCGGAAGAAGAACUUUCUGCAGAAAAAGAAAGUGCACAGUUAAUCGAGGCAGAGAAAAUUAUUACAGUCACUGAAAAAGAAAUUGAAAAAACUCCUUCACCAGAAAAGGAUGACAAGGCGUCGAUUGCACUGUCAUCUAGAGAUAAGACGUCAACAGAUGAACAAACAAUAGCACCUGUUUUAGAAAAACCAACCCAUACAGAAUUAAAAGACCAUUCGGAAAGUAGUGAUAAGACAACCAUCGCGCUUGUGACAGAAAGCAAGUCAUCUAAUACAUUAGAUAAAGUAAGUAAUAUUAAAAAAAUAUCAGAAAAAGAACUGUCCCCAGAAAAAGAAAGUGAAAAAGUUAUCGAGGAAGAAAAAAUCAUCACAGCUACCGAAAAUGAAAUUGAGAAAACUCCUUCACCAGAAGAGGAAGACAGGGCGCCCAUUGCAGUGUCACCUGUAGAUGCGAAGUCAACAGACAAGCAAAUAGUAUCACCCGUAUUAAAAAAGCAAACUGAUAUAGUGUUUGCACCAGGCAAAGGAGACGAAUCUGGAGGAAGUGAAAAAGCAGCCAUCGCGCUUAAGACAGAAAGUAUGUCAACUGAUAUAUAUGGUAAAGUAACUGACAUAAAAAUAGUAUCGGAAAAAGAACUUUCUGCAGAAAAAGAAAGUGAAAAAUUUAUUGAGGAAGAAAAAAUCAUCACAGCCACCGAAAAAGAAAUUGAGAAAACACCUUCACCAGUAGAGGAGGACAGGGCACCCAUUGCAGUGUCACCUGUAGAUGCGAAGUCAACAGACAAGCAAAUAGUAUCACCCCUAUUUGAAAAGCCAACUGAUAUAGAGUUUGCACAGGGCAAAGGAGACAAAUCUGGAGGAAGUGAAAAAGCAGCCAUCGUGCUUAAGACAGAAAGUUUGUCAACUGAUACAUAUGGUAAAGAAACUGACACUAAAAUAAUAUCGGAAAAAGAACUUUCUGCAGAAAAAGAAAGUGCACAGUUAAUCGAGGCAGAGAAAAUUAUAACAGUCACUGAAAAAGAAAUUGAAAAAACUCCUUCACCAGAAAAGGAUGACAAGGCGUCGAUUGCACUGUCAUCUAGAGAUAAGACGUCAACAGAUAUACAAACAAUAGCACCUGUUUUAGAAAAACCAACCCAUACAGAAUUAAAAGACCAUUCGGAAAGUAGUGAUAAGACAACCAUCGCGCUUGUGACAGAAAGCAAGUCAUCGGAUACAUUAGAUAAAGUAACUGAUAUUAAAAAAACAUUGGAAAAAGAACUGUCCGCGGAAAAAGUAAGUGAAAAAGUUAUCGAGGAAGAAAAAAUCAUCACAGUCACUGAAAAAGAAAUUGAAAAAACUCCUUCUCCAGAAGAGGAAGACAAGAUACCGAUUGCACUGACAUCUAGAGAUAAGGAAACAACAGAUGAGCAAAAAAUAUCACCUGUUUCAGAAAAGCCAACUGAUACAGAAACAGAAGACCACGCGGAAGGUAGUGAUAAGACAGCCAUCGCGCUUGUGACAGAAAGGAAGUCAUCUGAUACAUUAGAUAAAGUAACUGAUAUUAAAAAAAUAUCGGAAAAAGAACUGUCCGCGGAAAAAGAAAGUGAAAAAGUUAUCGAGGAAGAAAAAAUCAUCACAGUCUCUGAAAAAGAAAUUGAAAAAACUCCUUCUCCAGAAAAGGAAAACAAGACACCGAUUGCACUGACAUGUAGAGAUAAGGAGACAACAGAUGAGCAAAAAACAUCACCUGUUUCAGAAAAGCCAACUGAUACAGAAAUAGAAGACCACGUGGAAGUUAGUAAUAAGACAGCCAUCGCGCUUAUGAUAGAAAGCAAGUCAUCUGAUACAUUAGAUAAAGUAACUGAUAUUAAAAAAACAUUGGAAAAAGAACUGUCCGCGG